AUGUCAUACCUGCAUAACAGGGAUCUGGCGCCGUAUUUGGCGUGCAAUGCCGAGCUCCCUGCACACCUCCACCUUUCUGCCACGGCGCAUCUUCCAACUCUGCACGAGCAGCUACGGGACGCUAGGAAACGCGUCGACGAGAUCAAGGAAAUACUUGCGAAGGCACAACGCGACGUAUCCGCUGCAGAGGACCGUGUUGAAAACUACCAAAAACUGGUCUCUCCAAUUCGAAAGCUUCCAGCAGACCUCUUAGCCCACAUCGUCCUUUUCACCAUGCCUGUUUCUCCAAACCUUCCCCGCUUGGGAGUCGAUUACGACCCUAACUCGCUGGAAAGGUUGCGUCGGGUGUGCAAGAAAUGGAAGAAUGUCAUGGAUUCCUCCCCGGAGUUGUGGAAGAGGCUGUGGCUGGAUGGGACGGGUAUGAGGCCCAAAAUUAUGGCGCGUAUUCUGCGGCGCUGGUUCUCCCGUGCUGGAGAGGGUGGUUUGGGCCUGGUAAUCGUCUUCCCCUCCAACGUAUAUUCUGGGAACUAUGGUGACUUGGUCGCCUUCCUGCGAAGCAAGAUUUGGAAGGGGCUGGCCUUUCAUGAAACAAGUCCAGAAAUUCUUGAAGCAGUCUUCAACGAAGAUUACAACUGCUCUACGCUGGAGACCCUAUGGGUCAGCUGGAGCCGACCCAGACGAGAUUAUAAGAUGCCCGAGCGACAUCCACUCUACCAAGAGCUCCCGGCUUUUCUUCAACGCUUUUCCCGCCUCAAGCACCUAUCCAUCUGGUGGGACGUCCUCGACUCAAUUCAGAAGCCAGAGCUUUUUAAGCUCCCCUGCUUGACGGAUAUAGAGUUGACUGGGCCGAUGCCGGAAGAUUAUGUCCGGCGUCUUCUUCUGGGGUUGCCUUCCCUGAAGAAUGCGGCAAUCUUUGCCUUCGAUCCAGGUCCCCGAAUAGAGUCGCAGGAUCUGGAUAGUCAACUUUCCAUCGAGCGCCUGACCAUCCUCGAGGGAAGGUGCCAGUGGUUUUUGAAGGAGCUGCCACUCCUCAAAGCACUACGCCUGGCUGGAUUCUGGGAGCAAUGGUCACUCUUGUUCAUUCCGACCAAUCCUGCCUCCAUCUAUCGAUUCACCAACCUCCAUCUCGUCUGCUUGGACAAAUUGUCCAUCAUGAAGCCGGAAGACAUUGCGUUCGCAGUGUGCCAUCUCCCUCCCUCGGUGCGCGUGGUGCGGGUUUCAUCCAUUGAACUCGUGGGGUGUAUUACUUGUCGUGUGGCGGCUCGGAAGUUUGUUGGACGGCGCCUUGACAUUGUUGUUAUGGAGCUGGGUGAAGACAUGGGUUCGUAUGAGUGGGAAACGGCCCUCAAGCAUCUGGUGAAGGUGUUUGUGAAGAAGCGCCCUGGAAGGGCGAGGGAGGCGUUUCGGGGCCGUGAUCUCGUCAUCUGGAUCGAGGCAUCAUCAUGGGAGGAGUGCGGGUAUCGUGAGGAGUGGAACGAGUGGCUUGCCUUGUUACGUUCUGUCAAUGUGCGAUUCGAGCUUACUCUUGGACCUCGUCCGGGAGAUGAUGUAGAGUUUGACAUUCCUUACGUGUAG